AUGCCGGUUCACUACCUGAUUCUCCUGUCGCGCCAAGGGAAAGUGCGCUUGGCCAAAUGGUUCACUACACUCUCGCCCAAAGACAAGGCCAAGAUUGUCAAGGAUGUCUCCCAGCUGGUCCUGGCUAGACGCACUCGCAUGUGCAACUUCUUGGAGUACAAAGACCAGAAAGUCGUUUAUCGUCGCUAUGCCUCCCUAUUCUUCAUUGCCGGCUGCUCUGCCUCAGAUAACGAGCUAAUCGGCCUCGAGAUUGUGCACCGCUACGUCGAGCAAAUGGACAAAUACUACGGCAACGUGUGCGAGCUGGAUAUCAUUUUCAACUUCCAAAAGGCAUACUUUAUUCUUGAUGAGCUUCUGCUGGCAGGGGAAAUGCAAGAGAGUAGUAAGAAGAAUGUCUUGAGGUGUAUCAGCCAGCAGGACAGCCUUGAAGAUCUCGAGCAUAUCAAUACAUUGUACCAUCCAUCCACUGUGCAUACCCGUUCGCCUCGAAAAAUUCUCCCAUGUCCACGACUCCCACUGGCUCUGGUUCCUUCCACCAUUUUCCUGUCGCUAAUUUCAUCUGCCCAGGUCGAGGAGGAUUCUGUUACAAAGAUCAUGUAA